ACAUUCUGCAAUUUGCAAACCAUCGAUACCACCCAUUUUGUCCACACCCACCUCGAUCACGUCAACAUGGGACACUCCGGCGUCAAAGACGAUAGGCAUACUGCGACGUCGCUGCCUCCAAACGGAUCCAGAUCCGACCUCAAGAAAUCUCCUGGCAGCGACACAAAGAGCCUAGGCCACGGGCAAGCAGAAAAAGAGGAAGAUGAAUCUUCCAACAUCAUCAUAGACAGCCCAAAAAACGGGCACGCAAUCCAGGAAGAGUCUUGCGAGACACACGAGCUUACGCUUCAUGCCGUGAUGGCAUUGGCUUCUGACGAUGCUGAGCCGACGAGUCGCGGCGAUUCCAUGUCCGAAAUGGUAACGACUGCCACAAAGGAUGACACGACAGAAGUCAUCACCGUUACGGAGUUGCCUGGCGACUCGGGGGGCGAGGCGAACCCCUCCAACGCAGCAUGUCCUGGGGAAAACUGGAGAAACCAUCCAGAGCAUGUCGUGGAUACAUACGCUGGACAAGAGGAGGAGAACCUGGCGCCUGCAUGGCAUCAAGCACCUGCAUGGCAUCAAGCACCUCCAUGGCAUCAAGCACCUCCAUGGCAUGAAGCACCUCCAUGGCAUCAACCUCCUCCAUGGCAUCAACCUCCUCCAUGGUAUCAAGCACCUCCAUGGUAUCAAGCACCUCCAUGGCAGCAGCCAGUGGAAAACAUCGCAUAUCACCACAAAAUGCCUGGCUGGACUUACCACCAUCCCUCACCAGCCUGGUGGGUUGAUCAUGAUCCUCAGACGGGCUGGAUCUACUACAAUCCCUUUCCGAUUUGGUCUUACUAUAAUCCUUGUGUGGACCAAAUCAGUUAUUUCCAUCCCUCGCCCCAAUUGUGUGUUCACAACCCUUCGCAAACGUGGUAUUACUACGAUCAGGCGAUGGGCUGGAUUUACUGCGAUAAUGCGCUGGCUUGGAAGUGUAUGCAUCCUGAGCCGUAUGAGGUUCGUGGCAUGGGCCCGGAGCAACCGCCAGAUUGGACUCUUUACCGUUAUUUUGAGUGUCCGGUUUUUAGUCUUUAGGGAAUUUGGUGGAAGUUAGGAUGGGGUCAAGUCAUGCUUGUGGGGGCUCGAAGGAAUACCUCCUGCUUUAUUCGCAUCUGUCUGGUUUUGGGGAAUGCUUUGAGUUCGCGCGGAUAUGGUGCUGCCUCGUCACAAUUUGUUUCCUUGGGUGUUUUUGACCUUCGCAUGUUUUGGGUUCGGUGACAGUCUGUUAAAGAAAACCAUGUACACACAUUAGGCGCUGACGGCGAGUUGGAAAAUGGAAAACCUGCAUGUUCUAAUUUC